AUGACAUUUGGCCAUUCCAAAGCCACCGUAAUAACAGUUGCAUUCUUUAUUCCAGACGAACCCCGUUUGCGCUCCGGCGGCUGGGAAGAGCCCACGACGCCAUGUGAUCAUCACAACCACCACCCUCACCCCCCACACCCCCGUGUUGCACCACCUUUGGCGCACACGCGCAGUCUGCAACACACGAUAUCGCAACGUAGCUCAGAAGACAGCUGGUGUUCUGGAUCGGAGCCGGACCUGUCUUCGGACGAGGAGAGCGACCGCAGCGCCACCAGCAGCAAUCGAUCAAAUGGUCAACUGCGCAACACGCUGAACAAAGCGCGGACGUUGUGCGACAAGUGGCGCGGAGGGCAGAACGGUGGGGGCGGCGGCGGCAGCCCCACUUCCGGCGCAUCUGCCGCCGCCCACAACCGGCUGUCGCUGGACGGCGGUUCGGUGCUGCCCGGCGACACGUCGCCCCAAAAUCAAGGAAGGCUGUCCAGGUGGUUCUCGAUACGCAGGGGCAGCAACCAUCAGUAUGACAUCGAGAACGCCCAGGGGGAUGGCGUACAACGGACGCCGCAGCAUCAGGGGGGCGGAAAGAUGCCCUUGCUGCCCGAGGUUGAAGAAGAAGCAGCUUUCCACUUUCCCCCGUGCACCUCCUCCCAAAGAAGGCAGUUGCCUCCAACUCUACCCCCACCACCUCAGAAUUUGACCCCACAACAGUUAAAGAGGAGGAUGAUCGUAGCUGCGAUUGUACAUAGUGAAAAUUCGUAUAUAGCUACUCUUCAAAGGCUAGUAAAUGAUUAUAAGAAACCGCUAGAAGAAAGCAACCCGCCAGUGUUAAGUAGUUCCAAGAUCCAAACGUUGUUCCACCGACUGCCCGAGAUACUGCAGUGCCAUACCUUGUUCCGGAUAGCUCUAGCUGAAUGCGUCAGAAAUUGGGACCGAGACGAAAGGAUAGGAGACGUAUUUGUGGCCUCCUUUUCCAAAGCUAUCGUCCUGGAUAUCUAUAGCGGCUUCAUCAACAAUUUUUCUGUUGCCAUGGACCUUGCGAAGAUGGAGGCUAAGAGAAAAUCUGCCCUGGCUGACUUUCUGAAGGUGAAACAGAUCAGUUCACAUGAUCGGUUAUCAUUCUUCGGAUUGAUGGUGAAGCCAGUUCAGAGGUUUCCGCAGUUCAUCUUGUUUUUACAGGAUUUAUUGAAACACACGCCCCAGGGCCACCACGACAGGAUGUCUCUGCAGCUAGCAUUGACGCAGCUCGAAUCGUUAGCGGAAAUGUUGAACGAAAGGAAAAGGGAAGCCGAGCAGUAUCAGGCAUUCAAGGAGAUGCUUCGAAAUAUCAGCGGCAAAUUUUCAGCUAGACCUUUGUCUGAUAGUAAUAGAUAUCUACUCAGGGAAGACAACGUCACACAGCUGGAAUACAGCCAAACCGGCCUAAUAACAAAAACAAAGAGCAGAAGACUGUUGCUACUCAACGACCUGGUGGUGUGCGUGUCAGUCGCCUCAAAAUCCUCCGAUGAUUUCGGAGCCAGUGAGAGACUGAGCCUCAAAUGGACCCACCCUGUGUCCGAGAUUGAGAUCCAGGACGCCAGCACUUCGCCCACGCUCAGUAGGAUAUUGACCUCGAGCUACCCCAAAGGAGGCAGCGUCAAGUCGAAUGGAUCUUUUGAGGGUACUCCUCCUCAAGACGCGAACAAUCUGUGCGUCGAGAUGAGCAAUCUGAUGCACGAUUACGAGGUGUUGAGCAGGAUAAGCGAUUUGGCGAGUCAGCUAAAAGGUCAAUACAAAGACAUAAACCUGGAAAACGCCAGGCGUAUCCUGCACCAGAUCCAGAGCUCUAUCCAGCAAAAGGACGAGGAGAUGGCUUGGGUGGACUCGUGCUGUCUCCAAUUGCUGGUAAAAUCCAAGGGCAAAGAGGAAACCUUCACCUUCCAAACGGACAAUCCUUCCGUAAAGAAAGAGUGGAUAACGGAGCUGAGGCUGGCUCAACUGGCGUUAGAUCCGAAUAAUUCGCCCGCCUGGGAAGUACCUGAGCAGGAGCAGAGGCCGUCGACGAAGAUGCCGCUGUUUGUCAAGUCGCAGACUGUAUACCGGUCACAGCAUCAAACAGAGGUGCGCUGUGGAUGCUACUACACUGUGACUGUCCCGAAAACGGCAAGACGUCGGCAUCGCGUCCAAAAUUACCUCUGGGUGUGCACUUCAGACGGCGCUAGCAGUCACAUCUCUAUUCUGGCUCAACAUCAUCAACAGGCCGGCGUUCUCAAGGAUCUCACGUCGUUUUCUUUGGUGGAAACUCAAGUCACCGCGAUGGAGUUCGUCAAGGGUUGUCCGUCACCCUGUCCUUCCCUGGCCUCGGACACAGUCUGGAUCGGUACGGACAGGCACAAACUCCUGAUCUACGCCGGUGACGAGCCCGAAAAACAGGAGCAAGUCGCCGAGGCUAUCGUGUCGGACACCGUGACGCACAUCAAGUACCAUUGUGAUAAUGUUUUCGUGGCCUUGGCCAAUGGGACCAUGUGUAUCUACAGGCGGAACGGUCUGGACGGGGCAUGCAUCCAACACGAGAACUUCGGCAACGUCCACGUGAUGGCGCACAGCGGUAUCGGACUGUGGAUAUCGCAGAAAAACUCCAGCACCAUUUGUCUUUACCACACCGAGACGUUCAAGCAUCUACAGGAUAUAAACAUCGCAUCUAUCGUCAUGAGGGUUAACGGGAUGUCAGGUCCACGCGACUCUAUGAACAACACUCGGCCCGCAGUAUUCGUCACUUCCUUGUUAGCUUGCAAAGGCCUGCUGUGGGUUGGAACGAACGUGGGAAGAACCCUGACCAUCCCAUUGCCCAGGCUAGAAGGCGUUCCGAUCAUCAGCGGACGCGUCAACAUCUCAUAUCAUGCGCACUUUGGACCAAUCACGUUCCUGUUGGCUUUGCAACCAAAGAAUUAUGGAAAUGUCUGCGUUAAGAGUAGCGUGAAAGAUACUAAACCGGAAUCCAAAACGGAGCCCGAGAGCAUGGAAAGCAGUUUCGUGGAAAGCAAAGAGGAGAACGUCACGCUCAGGCCAAAGAUGGAGAAACAGCUGUCGGACAGUUCGAUGCACAACGUCAGCAACAAGCUGAAAUAUUUGACCAACAGCCCGGUGGCCUUGAGGAAAAGGAGGUCCAAGGAGAACGAUUUGGCCAGGUUGUCAAAGACUCUACCUCGAGGGUUUGGCAAUGGCGGUUCUAUAUUCUCCACAUCGAGCACAUCUUCUCAAAGUUCUGGAGACACGAAUAACGUGUACGGUCUCUACAGCGACUUGAUGUACAUCAAGGAUUACGAACGCGAAGAGAACAUUCUGACCGACCCCGUAUACGAGUCUCUGAGACGCAGCGAUCCAGAAUUGGCAGCCAUUCCGAACAAAGUCAGCACUCUAGAUAGACGGCUCAGGAUGAAGGUGUCCAGGCCUAGGUCGCUGGAUUUAUCGAACUGGUCCGUCGACUCAAGGUCUUCAAGCCUGUGCACCUCUUCAGGCUCAGAGGAGAGCAUGGCAGUCCGACUAGGCCGCAGCAUCUCGCGCAACAACUCGAACGCGUCAAGACAGUUGAACGGCGUUUGCGAGAGCGUCUCGGAACAAGAAACCCCAGAGAAGACUCCCACCAACAAUGUGAAUAAGCAAAACACGAAAACGUUGAGCAAAGCAAAACGGGCACUUUCGAUAACGGCCGAAGGACUAUUAUAACGCUUAUGGGCGGUAGAGGUUAUGUGAAUUACAGGCAACCGUGUUGCGCGGCGGACAAGUCAAAGACAGGUUUUGCAGGUGUUGAAGUGAACUGUAACGACGCUCAUAUUGUUAUUUGGGAGCUGAAAUUGUGAUCAGAUUAGAAACGGCGUUUGUGUUAGGCGUUUUUGUUUAGGGUACUUCUCGUGACCGUGAACGUUUGGCGUGCUGUGAAGUAUACGUAUGCAACGUCAAAAAGGUCGAUUGGUACCGGUAAAAUGUAAUAAUGACCGGCAGAAGAUAUUUAGGAUGCAAUGCUUGGGAGAAAGUUCUUCAAAAGCUUCUGAAAGCAAAGGAUGCAAUAAGGAAGCAUUCAAUUGAUAUUUUUGAUCAAUAUGACAAAAAUUUAGAACUACCUAGUCUGAAAUUACUACUAAAGACCUGCAUGUUAACUUCCCCCAAUGUUUCUCUUUAAAAUCAUCCCGCAAUACUGGCACUAAUAGAUCCCUGAAAUCCUACACAUCCAACACUAUAUAACAUACUCUUUUUUAUUGUUUCGGUCAGUUGAUAUCGUUGCAAUUAUCAUCACAGCUGAACCAGAAAGCACAAAGUCUAAUAAGUUUGACGUAUAAACUUAAUAUCUUGUCAAUAUCUAUCAAGACCACUUGUUUUGGGGGCCUGGGUAGACCCGAGGCUCGCGAGCUCGUAUUUCGAGUCAUGGAUGUUGUGUUGUGUGUUGUCUAUAUCACGCACCACAUUGAUGCAAGAUCAACAUAGGUACAUCACAUUGCUGGAGCUGGUUUAUUCAAUAAUCAGUUACCAGUAAUUGGCUUGAUAAGUAGUACGGUGUUGGUAAAUAGGGUCAAAUGAGGCAUAAUUGUCAGACUUUGCCUUGUUUUACUGUCAACUGUUUCAUCGGCAACUUUGACCACCUACCAAACGUUUUUCUUCCAGUGUAUUUUCUGUCAGUCAUUCUUACAAUUUUCGAGAUUGUUUUCAACCAAGCGAACUGUUAAUAAGGUACUUCAGAGUAGCGCAAAUUUCGUGGAUCUCGAGCUUUUUUACGCUUGUGGAGUUGUGAAGAACAAAAUCAUUGGGAUGCACGUUGAGCAUGUGAAUUUAGGCUUUAUCUAAUUACACGACAAAAAAUCACAAUUUUUGUAAUAAAAACAGUUUGUAGUGGUAUUGAGGGUAGUAUUCUCAGUCGCUCCAAUUUGCCUUCUUACCUCUUAGCAAUGGCCUCCCUGUUUUUCUUAGUUUUUUCUCUUCUUUAGGAAACCAAACAUCAACCUAGUUUUUGCCUUCUCAAAAGAGAGAAAAAAAUGGAAGCCAUUCUUUAAUAAGGCGUUCUUCGAGGUAUGAAAAAAUAGGAGCAACCUUGUUGGAAUUUGAAUACAAACUUGUUCUUUAAUCUCACGUCAUGUUUGGUGAUUUCAAAAACAUCAAACUACUUUGCUACACAUUCUUUCAAAAUACGCUAUAAAUUGCACAUUGUUGAUUUUUCAUCCUACGUAGAGUGAUUUUAAAGAAAAGGAUUACUUACAGAUUUUGUAAUUAUAGAUGUUUUAAAAAUGAUUCUUGUGAUAAUUGAAGUUUCCGUACGCCUUAGAAAAAUAAUCGUAUUAUUGUUAUACUAUUGCCAGUAAUGUUUCAUAUUUUAUCCUGUUGUAAUACCUUAAAAAUUUAUUAAUAUACAUAAAAACAGUUCAACAUUUACCAAUAAUUUAGGACAAAUUGUGCGGUGUUUUUAAGAGAUUUGGUGCUUAAAAUAUUGCAAUUACAUAUUUGGAGUAAUUUAUUUUUUGAAAGUGGCAAACUACAUAUGUGUGAGAUAAGGUAGAUAAAACUCUAUCCGUGCUAAAAUUGCACUUGAAGCAACUUCACAAGCGUUUUUGUUUUACAGACACGCACUUAACUGUUUAGAUUGUUUUUUAUGUCAUUUUUGUAUGUUUUGCAACAGAUAAAGAACAUAAUUUCAUAUUCAUAGUAUCUAUAUGACGAUAAUCUACAAUCAAGCAGCAUACAGUUCUGCGACUUGAAAAUCAAAGGAAAAAAUAUGUCAAUUUAUUUCAGUUUUCUGAGAUGCUGUUGGACGAUUGUCAUUGUAUGGGUCCUCCAUAUACCAAAAUAAAAAUGUGUCUUUUAGAUUUGUGUUUUCUAGUGUUUAAAAAAUGGCUGUCGAGUGGUCCUACCAUUUCUUAAAAAAGUAUAUGUAUUUUACAUAGCAUAUUAUAAUGAUAAAUGUCAAUAUUUUUAUGAAACUCAAUUUUUAAGAAGUUUUCUAAGUUUAUAUUUUUUAAUUUAUUCCCCUCUGGCAUUACGAUUUAUUUAUUCGAACCAAUGCGAAAAAAAAAACACAUCUGUAGCCUUUCUAUGAACUUUUGUAUAUUUUAUAUUCAAAUCUCUGAACGUUAUUUUUUCUAAUAGUAUGCAUGUUAUCUGUAAAAUAUUCUUGUUCACUGUACUAUAUCCAGAGCAUCUAUAAAAUAAAGAGUAUACAAACU